AUGACAAGUCAUUAUCUCUCUCAUUAUGCGCUGGCCGCACUCAUUGCUCUUCUCAUUCUGUGUACCAUCCUACCCGUCUCUUGCGAUGACAACAUUACAGCGAUGGCCUCAGAAACAAUAGAAUCCCAAAGAUCUGCAAUAAUUAGUUUCGUCUUUGGUGCAUUCUCAAUGAUAUACAGCCUCAUACGGUCCAUGUUCUCGAUUACAUACUCUGUAGUUACCAUACCUUUCCGUUACUCGUUCUUGUUGGCGAGUGCACUGUGGCACACUAUGAUUAUGAGGCCUCUCAAUUACUUUUUUCAGGGAGCCAGCCUGUUAUUUCCAAUUAUAUUGUACGCAGUGGGUGCUGUUGUGUGUGGAUUAUUUAUUGGUCUGUGUGGCGGAUUCCUAUCCGAGGCAUUGGCUUCCGCAGUGGUGGCAGCAACCUGGGGAUCAGAUAAUUCCCAAUCCAAGAAGGAUCAGACAGUUUAUUAUCCCGAUGAAGCUCAACCUCAAGCUCAAUCUCAACCUGACCAGAAACAAGACUAUAAUAAUAGUCAAGCUAGCGGAUCCGGAAUUGUACCCGAAAUGUUUGAUACUGAGGAUGAAGCCAACCCCCAGAGCACAGCUCUGAGUAGCAGUACGAGUUUAAGUACAAACGCUAGUUUUAGUGCAAGCAGUCGCGAUGGUCGAUACGCUUAUCCUGCCAAUACCGUUGAUUCAUUCCCAGUCAUUCCUGAAGAGAUAUUACCGAAGCAAAACCAUUUCGGCACUGGUGAGCGCGAAGAAUGUCGUAAGAUGCAUGGUAGAAGGGGAAAACGUUCUAGCUUCAGUUCAGACUCAUGGCGCCAUAUACCUUACGCUCUCUCUCCUCGAAGACUCCCUAGAACAAUGACCGCCAGAUCUUCGUUCUCAGAAACUAGCCAACAACAGGAUUCUAUGGGAUCUAACGAUGACGAUUGGGAAGAAUGGACAGAUGAAGAAGAGACAAGAAAAAAGACUCUUCGCCGUCGCAAGAGACAUGGCUAA